AUGACUGGAAGUGUUGCCUACGGAGCCUUUGAGGCUCUGUCAGAGAACACAGGAUACGUUGCGGUGCUAAUUUUGUCUGCUUAUAUCUUCUAUCAGCUCAUCUACCAGCCACUACUGGCAACUCCUCUACGAAAGAUCCCAGGUCCAAAGAUUUUCGCCGCAUCUAAAUGGCGACUGGCGUUUGCCGACUACCAUGGAGUCAGAACUCAAUGCGUACACUCCUUACACCGGGAAUAUGGCACAGCAGUGCGCAUCGGCCCAAACGAGGUGUCAUUCUCCUCCCUUUCCGCUCUAAGAACGAUCUACGGUGCAGGAUCGGGCUUUGAGAGAACAGAGUUCUACAGAAUGUUUGACGUCUAUGGACGACAGAAUCUUUUCACCUUUGCUGGCACUAAACAACAUGCUGAGAGGAAGAAGCUACUUGCCCAUGCUUAUUCCAAAAGUGUGGUACUGUCGCCCAACGCGAUUGCAAAGCCCUUGAUAGAGAAAAAUGUGAAGAGCUACCUGGACCUGUUGGAAAGGGAGAAAGAGGUGGCCGAGGAGAUAUUCCAGAGCCUUCAUUGGUUUAGUCUUGACAGCAUUACCGGCUUCCUUUACGGAGACCAACACGGAGGAACACAUGCACUCAGAGGGAAUGACACGGACAGGAGAAUGCUGAGCGAUAUUAUCGACCCUAGUCGGCGAAAGCUAAGCUGGUAUGCGGUACACUUGAAGCAAUACACGAAGUGGCUUUAUACACGGACCGGAACCAUGGAGAAAGUUGUCACAAAGCUGGGGCUACUGCCUAUGCAGAAACCUGCAACCUAUACGGGUAUUCGAGCACAUGCCCUCCAAUCAUGGACCGGGUUUGAGACUGCUGCAACGGAAAAGGAUCCGGAGCAGGACUUGACCAUUGCUGAUAAGUUGUGGCGCCACAGCAAGUCUGGCAAAGGUACUUGUCUCGAUGGUCUCGAUAUGGCCUCCGAAUUGGCCGACCAUCUACUAGCCGGCAUCGAUACGACAAGUGAUACCCUGAUGUUCGCGAUAUGGGCUCUUUCUCGACCAGAGAAUAAGAUCUAUCAAGAGAGAUUAAUCCAAGAGGUCGGUACUAUUCUCGACACAGAUUGCAACGAGGAUGGAAAUCCACUCGCUGAAGUCGCAGACCGAUUGCCUUACCUUGAUGCUGUUCUCAAGGAGACACUUCGGCUAUAUGCCCCUCUACCAGCAUCAGAGCCACGAUCGAUGCCGGUUGACACAAUAAUCGACGGUUAUCUUAUUCCAGCCGGAACUGUUGUGAGCAUGUCACCGUACACACUUCAUCGCAAUCCUGAUGUAUUCCCGGAGCCUUUGAGAUUCAACCCUGAGCGGUGGCUCGGCCUAUGUGGGGAUCUUACAGAGAUGAAAAAGUGGCUUUGGGCGUUCUCUAGUGGAGGCCGCAUGUGUAUUGGCUUGCAUCUUGCCAUGGCGGAGAUGACAACAUUGCUUGCUGCCAUCUACAGAAAAUACACUACUAGUGGGUAUGAGAAGCAGCAAGGCGUGAGUCCUGGGAUUACAAGCCGAUUUGAAGUCUUCUAUGAUGAGACCUUCUCCACAUUUGAGACUCAAAUCAACAGCCCACUUAUCGUCUCCUCAAACAUCAGCAUCCAAUCUGAAUCCAAAUUCCACUUCGGCUUCACCUUUGUCAAUGGCGGAGAACUAUUCGAUGGCGUCUCGCAAGAUCCAAUCGAAACAACCUACCAUCGACUGAAGCUCAAAUAUGCAGAAUCAUUACACCAAAACUGGAUUGAGAAACUCGAACAACCCAAACAGAUCUUGGAACAGCUAUAUCUGGCUGCCUACCUGAUUGAACUCUGGCGAGGCAUGUACGGCGCCGUUCCAGCAACAGACCAAUUACAACCUCAACCAUACAGCAAUGUGCUAUUUCCGGGGUUUGUGAGUCUAGCCUGUGGGAGUGGUAUCCUCGUGUAUGUGCUUUAUAUGGAAGGGUACAAGGGAUCAGGCUUUGAUGCCCGCCGUCGCAAAACCUGGGAGACAUAUCCCGUCGAGGUACAGUACUGCCUCGAGGAAAGAAUAUGCAUUCCCCAGCCUUUUAUAGAUGCCACAGGCCUGCCAGAUAUCGAAGCGGAAAUACACACGGGCGACUUUCCCGCCGAUGUGUUCAUCAUAUCUGAUCAUUCGGACGAGUUGACUGUUUGGACUCCACUUAUGGCUGCCCUUGCUAGUCCGUCGUCUCCUUUGCCUUUUUUCAUUAUACCGUGUUGCUCUUGUUCUCUUUCUGGCACUCGCUACCGCUAUCCUCCGAAGAAAAGCAUGUCAGAAAAAAAGAGCGUCAAUUUCGAUACGAGUACAAAUGCCGAAAAGUAUGUGGAGCAGAAUCCUCAACCUUCUUCUGGCGAUUUACGAUCUCUUCGAGCCACCAAAGACGAGCAGAAAACUGAACGUGGAUUCGGCAAUUCUAUGAUUGGGUCUCUUAUAGCUAAAACAAGAGAUAUUGCUGAGGAAGCUAAGUUCGAGGUCGAGGAGACAUAUUUACAGACCCCAGGUGCUUUUUCCAGGGCUUUGAUAGGAAGAAGAAAGCAGCAGGCAGAAGAGUCGGCCAAAACAAGCCCUGGCCAGAGCUCCCAGUCGGCGCUAGUGGAUAAGGUCACCAAAAUUAUUGAGCGUGAAUGCGCUAAAGAUGGAGGAGUUCAGGCUGCUGCCAAGCUCUGGAUUGAGCAGGCGAAGAGCCUUCAUCGGCAACAAGGAGAUUGA